AUGGGAGACUUGAACGAAUUCCGCACUCACAGAGUCGCCGACGUCUUGUCCGACUUUUGUAAUCUCCAGCGCUGCAUUGCUUCCGCAAACACCACUGCACCCUCCCAGGCCGACUACUUCUCGCCGGCAUGGACCCUGCUGCGGCAAUGCGCCACCGACGGCCAGUUCAUCCUUGAUUGCUCUGCCGAUGUGUCCCGCCCAGUCGGUAGGACUGAGCACGAGCAGCAGAAGCUCGAGCUUCAACACGUUUUGCUGGAUGCCUACGCCCGUCGGCACGAGGCCCAGAAGAUUUACCUGCGCCAGAUGGCGGCCCAGCGCUGUAUAAGUGACCGCAAGCAUAUCCUCGACUCGUCAGGUGGCCGCCCCAACCCAUCCAACCAGCUACUCUUGCACUCCUGCGACGUCCAGCUUCAACAGGAGCUGCAGCAAAUCACCGACGAAUUCAUUUACCUCGACAUGCUAAGCGGUGACCAGAACCUUGGCCGCUGGACGGCCGAGGACCCUGGGCUCUACGACAUCCUGAACUGGUUGAGUACCCGCUCCUAA